GAGCUAAUCAAUCAAUCAAACAGUGCCUUCUGCAUUAGACUAUAAAUAUACCAGCCAAUCAACCCUAGCUCUUUGCAUCCUCAUCAAUCCCUCUAGCUAGAUACUACUCGUUAAUCCCCUUCUAAAACAUCCAACCCUAGCUAGCUAAUCCAUUCAAAACAAAAUGGGAGUUACCACAGCAACCCACGAGUUCAAGUCCUCCAUCCCAGCCCCAAGGAUGUACAAAGCCAUCAUCCAAGACUCCCCUACCGUCUUCCCCAACUUCAUGCCUCAGUACAAGAGCGAGAUCGUUCAGGGCGAUGGUGGCGUUGGUAGCAUCCUCCAGACUUGCUUCGCCGACGAAGGGAAUCAAGUGAAGGUGGUGAAGCACAGAGUGGAGGCCAAGGACCCUGCCAGCUUUUACAGCAAGUACACGUUGAUCGAAGGUGGCGCGUUGAGCGACAACGUGGAGUCGGUGGUGAAUGAGGUGAAGAUUGACACCGCUGGUGAUGGCUGCGUGGUCAAGGCAAUCAACCAUUACCAUACCAAGGGAGAGGCCGACAAGGCUUUGAUCGAGACCAUCGGACAGCAGACUCUGGGCGUCUACAAGGCUGUGGAAGACUACCUCUUGGCCAACCCUACCGUCUGCGCCGCCUAAUCGAGUGACUCCCCCAGCUAAUUCAUUUGGAAUUUAAGCAACUACUUCGUCCAUCGUAAUAAUAACAAUAUGGUGAUGUAUGAUCAUGCCAUAUAUGCUAAUUAAGGAGGUAGUUGCAUGGUUUAUUUUUGGCAUGAGUGUUGAGUGUGGUUUGAUUUUCUCUAGUUGUAAUAAAACUUUGUCCAAUAUAGCAGCUGGGUGGUUUCAUUCAGCUGUCUAUCUAUGUACUCAAGGUGAUGAUGAG